GUAUAAGCCUAUGCAGAAAGUGGAUGGAGUUACAGAUGGCUUCACAGGAAGUGGUCAACAGACAGGCACAUCUGUUGAACAAACUGUAAUCGCCCAAAGUCAACAUCAUCAACAGUUUUUAGAUGCGUCUCGAGUACUUCCAGAGUUUGGAGAAGUUGAAAUAUCUUCUCUACCAGAUGGUACAACCUUUGAGGACAUCAAAUCACUGCAGAGUCUUUAUAGAGAGCACUGUGAGGCAAUACUGGAUGUGGUUGUGAAUCUUCAAUUCAGCCUGAUAGAAAAAUUGUGGCAAACUUUCUGGCGCUAUUCUCCCUCUGCUCCACCCGAUGGCACUACUAUUACUGAACCAAGCAAUCUGAGUGAAAUAGAAAGUCGACUUCCAAAAGCAAAACUGAUUACUCUGUGCAAGAAUGAGUCUAUUCUGAAAUGGAUGUGUAACUGUGACCAUGUGAUGUACCAGGCUUUGGUGGAGAUUCUCAUUCCCGACGUCCUUAGACCUAUUCCUAGUGCCUUGACCCAAGCCAUUCGCAAUUUUGCAAAAAGCCUUGAAGGUUGGCUUUCAAAUGCCAUGAACAAUAUUCCACAGAGGAUGAUACAAACCAAGGUUGCCGCUGUAAGUGCCUUUGCCCAGACUCUGCGAAGAUAUACAUCUCUUAAUCACCUGGCUCAAGCAGCUCGUGCUGUACUUCAGAAUACUUCUCAAAUCAACCAGAUGCUCAAUGAUCUUAACCGUGUUGAUUUUGCCAAUGUUCAGGAGCAGGCUUCCUGGGUGUGCCAGUGUGAUGACAACAUGGUUCAGAGAUUAGAAACAGAUUUCAAGAUGACCCUUCAACAGCAAAGCACUCUGGAGCAGUGGGCUGCCUGGCUUGAUAAUGUAAUGAUGCAAGCAUUGAAACCUUAUGAAGGAAGACCCAGCUUUCCUAAAGCAGCACGGCAAUUUCUGUUAAAAUGGUCUUUCUACAGCUCAAUGGUGAUUCGAGAUUUAACCUUGCGCAGUGCUGCUAGCUUUGGCUCUUUUCAUCUGAUCCGCUUGCUUUAUGAUGAAUACAUGUUUUACUUAGUAGAACAUCGUGUCGCUCAGGCAACAGGAGAGACACCUAUUGCAGUUAUGGGAGAGUUUGGUGAUUUGAAUGCCGUGUCCCCUGGAAAUAUGGAUAAAGAUGAGGGCAGUGAAGUUGAAAGUGAAAUAGAUGAAGAGCUGGACGAAAAUGGAGAGCCACAAGCCAAGAGGGAGAAAACCGAUCUAAACCAGGCAUUCCAGGUGGACUGCAUGCAGCCAGUGCUUGAGAGUGGAGUACAGCAGAACCUCCUGAACCCAAUUCAUAAUGAGCACAUUGUUGCAACUACUCAGACUAUCAGACAAUGCAGUGCUACUGGAAAUACAUACACUGCAGUCUAAUAUGAAAGCUCCCCACCCGACACACACCCCAUUACAUUAGCCCUUUCGGCUUAAUA